AUGGCACCCGUCGUCCACAUCAUCGAUCCGGAUCCGGAUACGGUCAUUGUGCUCAAGAAUCCGUGUACAAUCUUUGCGCCUUGCGAUCCGGAGGAAGCGAGUCCAAAGCAAGCCAUGUGCGGAGGACCAGUGCGUGUAUAUUACAAGACGAAGAAGAAGAAGAAGAAAGGGAAGAAGUUGGGUGAAGAGCACCCACAACCCUCCACGUCUCCACCUCUCCAGGAACCUGCACUUGUCGAGACUCCUGCAGACAGCAGCAUGUAUAACUUGGAUGAAGGGUUCACCGCGCUUGCAGAACCUUCCUCUGCUGUGCAGCGUACGCCGUCACCGAUCUUACCGGAAGAGCCUGAGGAGGAGUCGAUCCAUUACCAUGUGUCAUCACGCCACCUGAUACUUGCGUCGGCUGCAUUCAGACGAAUGUUAGCACGGGACGGGUUCGCCGAGUCUGUUCGCAACGAAGCCGAUGGCCUUUACCACAUAACGGCUCACGACUGGGAUGCCGAAGCCUUCCUCAUUGUUCUGCGUAUUGUUCACGGUCGCAAUAAGCUGAUUCCACGAGAAGUGCCCUUGGAGAUGCUUGCCAAAAUUGCUGUGCUGGAGGACUACUACAACUUCGGAGAGGCUCUCGAUGUGUUCACGGAGGUGUGGAUCCGGGAGCUUACACAGAGACCUAUACCCCAAAUGCACGGUAGAGAUCUGGUUUUGUGGAUCUGGGUUGCAUGGGUGUUUGGUAUUGAACAACAGUUCACGAAAGCCACGGCAACAUCCAUUAAGCAGAUCACUGGGUCCUUGAGGACAUUGGAUCUUCCCAUUCCUGCGAUAGUAUCAGCCAGACAUGUUCUUAUGCACAGCAGAUGA